AUGGUAUAAUUCUUAAAAUAUAUUACCUAGAUUGGAUAGUCCAAAAUGGAAAUGGAGUCUCUACUAUUUGUGGAUCUUCAAAUAUUUUUGGAGGCCGUCCUAAUUUUGGAGGGAAUACAUAGAUAACAAAGAAUUUAUUUUUACUCCCUCAUAAUUCUCUAUCAUUAAAUUUUAAAUUCUGGCAGUAAAAUUAUAAUUGAUCUUAGUAUUGAUAAUUGGGGAGGUGAAAGAAUGGAAGUAUAUGUUGAUAAUCUCUUAGUUUUUACUGGUAAUUAUAAUUCAGAAUGCACUUAAUCCAGUAUUUGUGGAACUUCUGGUUCUUGUUGGGGUGAUGGUGUAAAUUCAGUAAAUAUUAAUAUUAAUCAUGUUAAUGAAUAUGUUUAAAUAAAAAUAAUCGGAUAUGAUUAUUAUUGGGGGAUAUCUGAAUUUCAAGUGUGGAUGA